AUGGCCGAGAAAGGCCUCAAUCUUGCUAUGUUUAUGGACAUGGUUUUCUGGGGCAACAAGGACUGCGUUUCCGAUCCAAAGGUUCGCGAUGAACGUCGUCAUUUCUUCCAUGGUCCGCAGUGUGCCCGCGUCCUCUCCCGGAUGUGGGAUCCUCCCACCCGAAUGGAGCAAGCACCUGCUGUCCGCGACUUUGUCCUCGACUCUGCCGCAUCGCUAUUCGAUCAGGAACUCAAGAAAGCCAUCCCUCUCCUCUCCCCUCGGCCGGAUCCUCUCUCUAAGGAGAGCCUCACCAGCGUCGACUUUCAGGAUAUCGGGCAAGAACUGCAGUCUGAAGACGCCGCCCCGCAUCUGUGGACAUUCCUCCAUCGUCUCGCCUUAACCCCCCGGCAGACUCGUGAAAACAAAAAUAAAUUCCGGUUUCAUGUUGUUCUCAUGAUCAUUUCAAUGCUCUCUUAUUCCCGAUCUAGUCAUGUAUCCCGCAUCCCCCAGCUCUGGUCCAUUUACCUCAAGUCCUGCGGUCUGUCCGCUCGCUCCUUUAACGCCCUUCAUCUCUUCAAGAUCACAAUGUGUCACAAGUGGACUGCAAAUGCAUAUAAGACCAUGGCCACGACUGCGAAAGCUCAUCAACUACGUGCCAUUGAAGAGUGUCCGUUCUUCGGCUCUCACGACAAUGUCAACAUUCCUAUGCGCGUUUUCUCUCAGCGUCUUCACAACCAGAGCCAUUUCAUAAACGCGACCGCAGGAACUAUCUGGAUCCUUCCUGAACGUGCUCGGCUCCUUCCAGACAUCCCCGGUUCUCAACAGCGGUUCAGUCUCUUCGACACGGUCUUCAGAACAUCACCUGAGGUCCUCAAGCGUGUCAAAUCUCAGGCAAAAUGGUGGAUCCUGCGCUUCCUUAUCAACUCCCCCACUUUCACAGACUACCCUCACCGAAACGACCUUGUUCGUGCUGCCACACCCCCUCCUGUCGAUCUUCUUCCCUGCGGUAAGGACAGCAUCGUUGAACAGCACUUUCUCGAAACGGUUGAACAGGAUGAGUCGACAUACGCAGGGACCACCCGCCUCUUUGAGAAGGAGUGGCUUGUCCAGCUUGGGAUAUCGGAAGAUGACGACAAGCGCACUAAGUCUGUCAAGCGUAUCAUCGCCUGGAUUGGCGACCAGCUCACAGUAGAGCGCAUGCGCAUCCUUGCCCGCAUCCGCCAUGGCGACGUCAACUCUUUCGAGCGUAUGGAUUGGCUAGAGCCUCACUUUGGAUGGUUUCACGCUCUCAUGACAGUUGCGACAUCUCUUCACAAGCAGUAUCUUGGCACAUCGGCUGGAGUCGGGCUCCGCAAGUGCUUUGAGCUCCUUGCUCGCAAAGGACUCAUGAAGGCAGACACAAAGGGACAUAUUGGCGAAGCUCACUUCCAGGCGCUUUGGUGCGAAGUUGGGCAGGUCGACAGCCUGACUGAGCUCAAACAGCUCUCUCCUGACGAGCUGUUGACAAUGUUGGACAAGUUGCACUCUGAGAAUGUCACUCGUGGUGCUCUGGAGAAGUUUCGAAUGGAAGAUCGAGACAUGGUCAAGGAGCAGAUGAUCAUGUUCGGGAUGGAUACCCUCCCCUACUUUGAUCUCCGUGAGGCAAUCCGUGAAGGCGAUGUUGGCCGCAUGGAAGACCUCUUGCCUAUCCUGCUCACACGCUUUGCUGGUGGGCAUAACCACAAGUAUGUCAUUGAGGUACUCGAGCUCCUGCAGAAGCUCCACCGUGAAUGGCCUGCCCCAUUUCGGGAUUACGUUAAGCACCACUGCUGGCUUAUCAAUCGCAGUGGAAAGCGGAACGGCUUCCUGCCUAGAUCGUUCGGGCCUGGUGCCAACUUCGAGUACAUUCAGAAGGUCUCUCCUGCAAUCCCUCUACUCCGAGCUGUCAAGGCACACAUCCGUGACCAGUUUUCAACCAUUCAAGCACGAGGCACCCGACACGGAACUCCCUCCAAGGAGGCCGACGUACAGAAGCUCGUGAAGAUGUACAUCACGUCAGGCCUACACAACCACGAACCGGGUCGGAAACCCAAAAGCGCACUUGACAUCGCCACGGAUCUGAUGACAGCGGGCGCGGACUCUCUCAAUUCGGACAAGCACGUAGAUACCUGGUGGGACGGACGGUCGGUGAAGAGAUCUGCAGAGGAGAUCUACGCUAUGAAAGAUGAUCCACGAGUGGCCGAGUCGAACCCAGAGAUGACGCAGUAG